GGCUGAACUGCAGCAAUGGAGGAGCUGCCGGAACCGGGGGAAGAGGCUGCCGAGCCGGUCUCGGCUCCGUCCGCUGUGGCCGCGGCGGGAGAGCGGAUCUCGGUGCACAACUUCUGCGGGCGCCUGUCGGAGCAGCUGGUGCACUUCCACGCCAUGCGCCUGCGGGACUCGCUCUUCCUCUGGGUAGGGGAAGGGCCCCAGCUCGGCAACCUGGCCGUGGCCAUGUGCACCCCGCGCGACUCCAUUCCAGCAUCUACCUUACUCUUUGGCGACUCCUCCAACAGCACCUCCAGUUCACUAGCCCAAAAAUUAGCCAGCAAGACUAAGAAGCAGAUUUUUGUCAGCUAUAAUAUUCAAAAUACAGACAGCGGCUUCAUACUACUUGUGGAAAACCGAAUCAAGGAGGAAAUGACAGCAUUUCCAGACAAGUUUUAGCUUUGCAUCAUUGUAGCGUGUGUGCAUUUUUGUUUCUAUGGUUUUUCUUUGUUUUGUUUCUAAAAUAAUGAAUGGGAUGACAUGCUUUUUUUCUGUCACUGAAUGAAAUUUUGUAGACAUGCAUUUGCUUUUUGUAACAGUCCUAGAAGCUGUAAGGUUUGGCUGAGGGUGCCAUCUACUGGAUGUGCUGGGAGCUACAAACAUGAUUAACACAAUCUCUCUCUUGUGUACUGUACUUCCCACUAUGGCUGCCUUCUCACUUCUAGUGUAUUAUGAGGCUAACUUGUUCCAGGGCAGUACCACUUCAACCAUGGGGGACUCAGGAAAUUCAGCUAUCUUGAGAAAAACAAAUCCCUACCUAUCAAAAACCACAUGGCAAGGAGAAGGGCUGACUGCCAGUUCCCUCUGUGCAAGGAGGUACUGCAUUUUAUUGUAAGGAGAACAUUCAAUCACGUGAGCCUCCCCUGCAGUCUUAAAUGGUAUGGCCUUUAACAGGUUUACUGCUUCAUCUGCAUUUGUUGCAGUCGAGAAACAGCCCUGCCUUAACAGGGAAGGAGUAAAUAUAUUGAGUUGCAUCUG